AUGGCUAUUCCUUGGGAAGGUUUGAUUCCUUACGGUCUUAUUUUAGCAUUCUUCUCACUAGCAGGUGGUGGUAUGAAUGCAAUUACCAUUGCAUCAUUGACACGUAAUGCACAAGGACCAACACAUGAAUCUAAAUAUGCAGUUGAAACAGAAGAUAAAGAUUGGGUUAGACCAAGAACAAAAACUGAUCAAUGGGACAAAUAUUUAGCAGUUCGUGAUUUGAGAUUGACUGGUUCUUUCAGAGGCCAAAAGGCAGAACCAGAGGCUGAAGAAGCAUUUGAGACUAACUCUGUUGUGUUUGCUUCAAACACUUUGAAACCUUGGGUGUUAAGAAAGCACCUUAUCAUGAAGAACUCACCAUCAAAGUGGAUGAAGAAGUACCACUCUGAGAGAGAACAACAAUGGGAAUCUGUUAAGGAAAAUUAUUUGAGAAGCAUGCAGAAAUAG